AUGAGUGGAAACUUCAGUGUUCGAUGCUCCUCCUCUUACAGGGGGCCCUGGAGCCCAGAACACUGGUGUGUCUUUGGGUACCGGCAUUUCCUCACCAACCCCGGCAUGCUGUUGCCUGGCAACGCCGCACUGGUGCCCACUCCCCAAAAGCUCGCUAAGGAGCAUGCUGCCUACUGGCGCACCAUUAAGCAAAACCCGGAGACCACCUUUGAAGUCUACGUGGAAGUCACCUGUCCUUCGGUGGCGGGCACAGAUGCUGAGGUGCGGAAACGAUACCCGGAGGACUACAGAGACCAGGAAAUUCUGCCCACGGUGGCCAAGUUCUGUUUCCCUUUCUACGUGGACAGCCUCACGGUGGGCCAGGUGGGCCAGAACUUCACCUUUGUCCUCACGGAUAUCGACAGCAAACAGAGGUUCGGCUUCUGCCGUUUGUCCUCAGGGGCCAAGACCUGCUUCUGUAUCUUAAGUUAUCUCCCAUGGUUUGAAGUGUUUUAUAAACUGCUGAAUAUUCUGGCAGACUACGCAGUGAAGGGCCAGGACAGCCAAAGGUGUGAACUUCUGCAGACACUAUAUAAACUACCGAUUCCUGAGCCAGCUUCUUCGGUUCAUCUCAGCGUGCACUCUUACUUUACGGUACCCGACACCAGGGAACUCCCCAGCAUCCCCGAAAAUAGAAAUCUGACCGAGUAUUUUGUAGCCGUGGAUGUCAACAACAUGUUGCAUCUGUAUGCGAGCAUGCUCUACGAACGCCGCAUUCUCAUUUGCUGCAGUAAAUUGAGCACGCUAACUGCCUGCAUCCAUGGCUCGGCCUCCUUGCUCUACCCAAUGUUUUGGCAACACGUUUACAUCCCUGUCCUGCCUCCUCAUCUUUUGGACUACUGCUGCGCUCCGAUGCCCUACCUCAUAGGAGUUCAUUUAAGUCUGAUAGAGAAAGUCAGAAACAUUUCUCUGGAUGACGUGGUCAUCCUGAAUGUGGACACCAACACACUGGAAACACCUUUUGAUGAUCUACAAAGCCUCCCCAAUGACAUCAUCUCCGCCCUGAAAAGCCGGUUGAAGAAGGUCUCCAUGACCACAGGAGAUGGGGUCGCCAGAGCAUUCCUGAAAGCCCAGGCCGCCUUUUUCGGGAGCUAUCGCAAUGCCCUGAAGAUUGAGCCAGAAGAACCCAUCACUUUUUGCGAAGAAACCUUCGUUUCCCACCGGUCUGCCACCAUGAGACAAUUCCUGCAGAAUGCCAUACAGCUGCAGCUUUUCAAGCAGUUCAUCGAUGGUCGUCUUGAUCUUCUCAACUCUGGAGAAGGCUUCAGUGACGUCUUCGAGGAAGAGAUCAACCUGGGCGAAUAUGCUGGCAGUGACAAGCUGUACCACCAAUGGCUGUCCACUGUCCGGAAAGGAAGUGGGGCCAUUUUAAACACUGUGAAGACCAAGGCAAAUCCUGCUAUGAAGACUGUCUACAAAUUUGCAAAAGAUCAUGCAAAAAUGGGAAUAAGAGAGGUGAAAAUUCGCUUGAAGCAAAAGGACAUCAGUGAAAAUGGCUGUUCCACCAUGCCGGAAGAGUCCACCUCGAGGACAGCGCCCUCUCCCUUGGCUGAAAAGAGGGACCCAAAACUCCGAGAUGAGCGGCGGCCCAUCACCGUUCACUUUGGCCAGAUUCAGCCGCCGCCGGUGGGGGCGGGAGGCAUGACAAGAAGUUUCAGCAGGUGCCAGUCUGAAGUUUGGGGGUAUAUCUAG